CUUUUCCCAGGACCAAACCAGGAUCCUUCUAUCGCAUUCGAACUAGAGGGGAUGACUGGCCCAAAGUUCAUAGCUGCUCGCUCAGGGACCACUAUACAGCAUACAGGCCACUUAGGUUAUUUGUUUGCGGAGGAGUGCAAAGGGAGAAAAGCGGCUGUCGUGAAGGGACGAAAAACAUCUCCAAUGGGAGUAACAAUCGUAGAGUUACAUGGAUUGACUAACUCCCAACCUUCGACACAGACGAACGACCACUCAGUUGACCUCAGGCUGAGGACUCACUCCAUUGAGAUGGCAGUAUUUCCGAUCUCAAUCAGCCUGGGCACCUGUAUUGCGUGCGGAAUAUUCAGGGAUUGGUUUUGCUUUUCCAUGAUAUUACUUGGAAUUGUGUCGAGUGGAGUGACUUGUUUAGUCAUUGGGUCAGGGAAGUUUGACGUUCGGAGGAUUGUGCCAGCCAAAGGAUCUCCGAAAGGCGACGGGAUGAUGAUUUCUGAUAAAGACGUGAUCAUCUUGCAAGGAGAAGAAAGUUCUGUUGCUACAAUAACGAGGGGCAGUUUUACGUUGGACUUUACGGGUCAAAAUCAUCCCGAUGCCAUUCAGGCUGGAGGCGAAGAACACGAACCCGUGUACAGAAGUAUCGGGCUCUGUUCUCUCCUUCUGGUCGCCCAGUUUCUACUUCAGCUUCUCCUGAUUCCGCAAGGUACACUCUUCGGGCAAAUCAUGUUCAUAGGGUCGCUUGCCGUCUCGUGGGCAUACAAUUCAUAUCUUGCUUCAAUCGAGAAGGAGAAGGUUCAGAGGGAAAUCUUAAUGGAGAAGGUGUUGAAAGAGCCGUGGGUGAAGAAAUACCAACUUGGAACAAGAACAUCUAUGACCGUUUUCGUGCUUCUUGCCAUGAUGCCUGCUGAACCUCGCAAGCUUUUGAACGAGAUGCUUCCUAAUGAUACAAGAGCGUGGAAGACAUGGAAGGACACCGUACUGGAUAAGAUAGAAAAGAACCAAGAGCUUCGUUUCUCGGAAAACCACUGGAACAUUGCUGGAUUUAGAGAUGACGAAACGAGUUUGCUCAAGACUCUUUAUGGAGAUGCAGAGGAUGCCUAUGAAGGACAUCUAGGCCAUCGGGCUUCUAGGAGCGAUGACAUUGAAAAGGGAGUAUGACGAACGGAUUCAGUGCCAGAUAGUGGUUGAAUGGUUGGAGAUUCUCGAUGCCUGAACUAUUUAUUGAUGAGUUAGAAUAACGUACUGGCCCCUGUGGGUGGCAAUGCGCAAAACAUCUCCAUACAGAAAGCCAUGUGUCGGAAAAAUCCGUUUCAACUAACACAAACAAAUCUUAAGCC